AAACAUUGUUAGACCUAUUUAUAUUUUAAUAAUAUUCGAAUUGUUGAAUUAAAAUAUCGUAGGUCAUGUGCGUUUUUAGCAGGAAAAAACAUGUAAACAUUUUUAAGCAAUAUGAGCGGUAAGUUCGAGGAUAAUUUACGCGCUCUCUGUGAAGAGCAAAACACCAAAAACCUCUUCAAACUAUUGAACAUCAUACGCAAGGAGGUGGACUGGCCCAGGAACAAGCAAAACAUCAUGUCGAUUCGAAAGGAUAGCUAUUUAAAACACUUCGUCAACAUCCUGCAAUCCCAACAUCACAGGCACGUAAUAGACGUCUGCCUUAGUAUUAUAGGCAAUUGCGCCAUGGACAGAUCUUGCGCUAGAGAAAUGUUCGGAGCUUACAACAUCAUCUCAUCUAUAAACCACGUCCUGAAACGCUUCCCCAAAGAAGAUAGCAUAAACGGUAGAGUGUUUAGAAUAUUAGGCAAUUUACUCCACCACGAAACCGAAUGGGCAACCGUAAUAAUCAACAGGAAACCCCAAAUCGUUACGCAUUUAACAGACCUGCUCUUGACUUGCUCCAACGACAACAAAACCAAAGACAAGCAUUCCGAGGCCACCAUUUUAAUGGCCAUUAGAACCUUAAGGUAUUUAAUCAACCAAAGCACCGUGAAGCUCUUGAUAAAAAAGCAUCAAUCCCUAAGCGCCGUCGGCGCUCUCUUCAUCAAAUCGAGCCAAGACUGGCUGAAGGACCAAUCGAACGAUCAAGUCCUCAACGCAAUCGUAAACCUACUCUACAUAUUCUCCCGCUACAAAGACUACUCGAUGGUGCUGGAGCUGAAGACCACCGAGAAAGGCAACGCGCUCGAACGGCUCACCGACGUGCUGUUGCUCUGUCCCAAAAAAAUCAUCAAGAUCAUCAUGAACCUGAUCCGCAUCAGCCGGCUCAAGUCCGACCUGCCCGUCCGCGACAUCUGCAACAAGUUCGUGCUGGAGCUGUCGAACAAGAACAUCGACGGCCGCCGUUUCGACGGCGAAUGCUCGGACUACGUCAAGUGCCUGUGCUUCCUGCUCGACCAUCCGGCCAAUCGCAACGAUCGCCAAUGCUCCGAGGCCGUUCCGCUGCUCGUCAGCAUCUUGGGGAAAUUGAACACCGCCACCGAGGCGGAGCUGCAAGGCUGCAUCCUCAUCGUCGACACGCUGAACAAGUGCCAGUACGAGGAGUCGCUCGUGCGCGAGCAGCUCAAGUGCGGCGUGUUAGAUGUUCUGGUCGAUCGAAUGCGCGGGCUCGUGGACGAUUCGGAUAUAACGAACGAACACGCUUUUAAGAAAGGACUGAAGAGGAAAUCGUCGCCGCUGUUGAGCCGGUAUCUGCUCGAAGGCGAGGUGGAUAGCGGGUGUGGCAGGAAGAGAUCGUGCACGUGCGGCAGUUGCUCGUACAAUUGGUCGUUGCUGUAUAGCUCGUCUAUUACAGCGUUGCCGCAGAGUAUUAGCGAGGAGAGCAGGAUGAGACAGGGGCAGUUGUCGCCGGUUUCGAGCGACGAUGAAUUUUGCUACGCCGGUAAUUCGAGGUUCGAUCGGAGCCCUAGUCCUUGUUCGAGUUCGAGCAGCGAUUACGCCGGGUUGUCUUGGACGUCGCCUACCUCGAGCCCUCAGUUGAAUAACGAAAUGUAUUCGGACUCGGAUGAUUAUUCGCCGGUUUGUAGCGAAGCCGAUUGCAACGAAUUCCCUUCAAACGCGCCAGCAGAAGUGGAAGGUUCCGAUGGAAGCGAUCCUAACUCGGAGUGCGGUGAAGUCGAAGAAAAUUCGCAAUUCGACGACGUCUUAGAGGAGAGCAACGCGGGCACGUUGAAGAUCAAACUAGUCCUAGAAAUCAUCAAGCUAAUCAAAUCGUACGUGAAAAUCCAACCGCCCGUCAUGCAACUGGGCUCCGAGCACCUCCUCAUGGCCCUGCUGAAUUGCUCGGAGUUCUUCAACGCCCACGUGAAUCCCGCCUGCGUCGUCUGCGACAUACUCCACUCGCACGUCUAUUUAAUACCGUUGAUGAGGACGGCGUUCGUCGAAAAGGUCUACGGCAUGACGGAGUUCCUGCACACGAACUACUGCUCGAUCUGCGGCAAUCGAUCGUAUAUAGGUAAAAUGGUGCUUAACCGGUUGACCGUGCUGGCCGAAUGCGCAGCCGGUAAAGGGGACAUCGCCCACGAGCUGCUCAGAGGCGCCGUCGAGGUUAGAAGACAGAUCGCUCUCGUCGUUCCGUACGUCAUCGAAAACAGGAACAUCCUGUCGAAGCUACUGCUGGACUGCGGCGGUCUGGGCGUCCUCAUGCAGCUCCUGCAAGAGGACGCCGAGCUGAAGAAGCGCACCAUCAAGGUCCUCUGCGCUUUGGCAUCGAAGAAACUGAAAAUCGCCAAUCCCAAGAAGGUCACCAUCGACGUCAAAGACAAACUGGUCGCGCCGAACUCGUCGCAAUCCGAUUAUCCCGUUAACAUAGUGACGUUUAAACUGGACGACGGCGGUCGCGUGACCGCCAACAGGACGUUCCUGACCGAGAAAUCGGUGUAUUUCAGCAGCCUGCUGAGCGGGCACUUCAAAGAGAGCGGCGAGACUGAAGUGGAUUUGCACAACGUCAGAUUCGAAACGCUGCGUUGCCUGAUGCAGUUGUUGGACUGUACGAAAGCUUUGGAAAAGGCCGAUAUCGAUACGUUGCUGGACGUGGUGGUGCUGAGCGAUCGGUAUCUGAUGAACGACAUUUGCUGCGACGUUACGAACUAUAUCGAGAAACAUAAAAUAUCCGCGAAAACGGUGCCGGUGAUAUACAAGUGGUCGAUGGAGUCCGGAUUGGAUUUCCUUCGCGUGGAAUCGGUGGCCUUCGCCUUAGUGGCUAGUGUAGUGGACGAUGUGCGGUACGUUAUGUUCAACGAGCUCUUCGAUCUCGGUUACGUCGAGGAGUUGACUGAUGAUAUUCAGAAAUUGCUCGUGAGGUAUCUUAGUUGUACCCCGUUGCGUUGAACGUUUGUUUAGUGUAGAUGUUUGCGAAGAGUGCCGGGAUAACAGCCAUUUUGUAUUUCUUUGUUAAGUUUAUUUGUAACGUAUUGUAAAACACAAAUUGGUUUUAUAUAGGGUGUCCCGUGUAGGGGAGCCUAAAACAUGUUGCCAACUUAUAAAUACAGCAAACUUUUGAAUUA